AAAAGGAGCGUUUUUUUUAUUUUCUUGGACGUUGUCUUCUCGACGCUCUCGACCGCGAGGGAUCGAAAUCGCCGGCCGGAGCUCCGCCCUGAAACCCUAACCCUAAACCUAGCUCUAGACGGAGAGCUUUGGUGCGGUGGUGGACGCCGGUGAAAAGGCCUUGGUUUUCUGGACAGAGGGAGAUGAAGGGCCUCUUCAAGUCCAAGCCGCGCACGCCUGCUGAGCUUGUGCGCCAGGCCAGAGAGCUUCUUGUGUAUAUGGACCUUAAUGGCACUUCCCGUGAGGGCAAGCGUGAGGAGAAGAUAGCAGAAUUGAAUAAAACUAUCCGGGAGUUGAAAUCAAUCCUAUAUGGAAACAGUGAAUCUGAGCCAGUUUCAGAAGCUUGUGUACAAUUGACUCAGGAAUUCUUCCGGGAGAACACUUUGCGCCUAUUAAUUGUUUGUCUUCCUAAACUAAACUUAGAGGCUCGUAAGGAUGCCACUCAAGUUGUUGCAAAUUUGCAAAGGCAACAAGUUCAUUCACGGUUGAUUGCUUCGGAUUACCUGGAAGCAAAUAAAGAUCUUAUGGAUAUUUUAGUUGCCGGGUAUGAUAACAUGGACAUUGCUUUACAUUAUGGUGCUAUGUUAAGGGAGUGCAUUCGUCAUCAAAGUAUAGCAAGAUAUGUCUUGGAGUCGGAACACAUAAAGAAGUUCUUUGAUUAUAUACAGCUCCCCAAUUUUGACAUAGCAUCAGAUGCCUCUGCAACUUUCAAGGAGCUCCUAACAAGGCAUAAAUCAACGGUGGCAGAAUUUCUUUCUAAAAAUUAUGAUUGGUUUUUUGCUGAAUUCAACUCAAAGCUUUUAUCUUCUCCCAAUUAUAUAACUAGAAGGCAAGCUAUCAAGCUUUUGGGAGAUAUCUUGCUGGAUCGGUCAAAUUCUGGGGUUAUGACACGAUACGUUAGCUCCAAAGAUAACUUGAUGAUUCUAAUGAAUCUGCUCAGAGAAUCAAGUAAGAAUAUCCAAAUAGAGGCAUUUCAUGUGUUCAAGUUAUUUGCUGCAAAUCAGAACAAGCCACCCGAGAUUGUGAGCAUAUUAGUCACAAACAGGAGCAAACUACUUCGGUUCUUCAGUAGCUUCAAGUUGGAUAAAGAGGAUGAACAGUUUGAAGCAGACAAAGCCCAAGUUGUCAAGGAGAUCGCCGCACUAUAAUACGGAGAUUUCUCGGGAGACUAGUCUGUCCGAUAUCUAUCGCUACUUAUAUUAUUGUUGUUUACGUGUACGAAAUUUGUAAAUUAUGAGGAUGCUGUGGCACGCACCUUUUAUCUUUGAUCACUACCGUUGCGGAAUGUGCUGAAAAUGUGUCUGUCGUAACGCAUCCAAGAAUUUGAAGAUGUGGAGGCUUUGCUUGGUUUAUAUUUAUUUGAUUCUGGUCUCUUCACUUCAGCAUGUGUAAAUGCUUGUUCAUUAGACAGAAAAAGUUUAUAUAUGUUCUGUUUAAAAAUAAAGGACUUGUCUGUGUGGAAAUUGUAUGGUGAGAUUACAUUUGA